UCCCUCCCUCUCCCGAUUAUAUAACCAUCCCCGGCCGUCGCCUCCCCUGCAGUCUCUUCUCUUCUCCCAAUCAUCACCAUCUUCCAUUCCUCCCCAACUCCAUCUCUCUCGUUCUUGAAUCGCUCGUGCGCCGCCGCGUGCCGUGCCGUAGUCAACGGAGGAGGAGCGCGAAGGCGGCAAUGGCGAAGGGCGGGCUGGGGAAGCUGCGGUGCAUGAUGAGGAGGUGGCACUCGUCCAGCCGCAUCGCCCGCGCGCCGUCGCCCGGCGAGGACGCCGGCGCCCGGGGCGCGUCGUUCCACGGCGCCGCGGACGAGGUGCCCAAGGGCCUGCACCCGGUCUACGUCGGCAGGUCGCGCCGCCGGUACCUCGUCGCCGAGGAGCUCGUGGCCCACCCGCUGUUCCAGACCCUCGUCCACCGCGCCGGCGGCGCCGCCGAGGCCGGCUGCACCGUCGUCGGCUGCGAGGUCGUCCUCUUCGAGCACCUCCUCUGGAUGCUCGAGAACGCGGACCCGCAGCCCGAGUCCCUCGACGAGCUCGUCGAGUACUACGCGUGCUCACCGCCGCCAGCCACCGGCCCGGCCGCCGGAGUCGGGAGCCUCUCGAAUCUCCCAGCCGCGGCGGCGGAUCGCUCUGCGAUUUCCUGUGUCCUGAGCCGUAGGAUUAGAGUAGGGGAAACCAUUGUUAAUCACCGUGCUGUGCAGCUCACGGACGCUGCUCUUCCGGCUCCGUUGAUCCGAUUCGAUUGCCUCUAGUUUGCUACAAUUUUUUUAAUGCUAUCCUCCUAAUAAGAUCUCUGGAGUCUGGGCACAUGUCUCCAUGUAUAUUGCGAUGCAAAAAAAAAGAAAGCAAAAAAUUGCUCAUCUCGACUCCUCGAUA